AGACUUUCUUGAAAAAAGCGAUGAAGACCUCUUUGUUCUUGCAAUGAGCGAUGAAUACCUCUUUGCGAUUGUCCAGCGGCCUGGAGUUUUUCUUAAGAAGAAUCACUGUCAGAAUUACAAUCCCGUUACACUAUCUUUUGAGACCAAUCCCUAAAACGGAUCUUCUUCAGAAAAUCUUACAAGGACAAGCGUGUAAUUUUGUGACGUGGGAGAUGAAGGGAUCCACUAGAAGUUUUCUUCAAAAUGAGCUAGGCUGGUCCCAACAGACGGUGGUUGGCUGGAAUAAUUUUCUUCGAUCGACUAAAACAAAAUUGGACAUCGCCAGUAUAAUGGCGUGGUGGAUGGUCAAUGGGUUUUUUGAGGAAUCUCCAGAGAGACGGGGGACGUUUUUUUGGAGGCUGUGGAGAAGCGUAGUCAAUAAACCCUACUUCCGCUUAUCAAAGCCAACGCCGCCAAUGGGACCACCAUUAUUUCCGAUUGCUGGAAGGCUUAUAAUGGUCUGAAGGAUUCAAACUACUCUCACUCGCUAAUACUCAGCGGAUCAAACGAUUAUGGAUCGAUCUUAAAGAAAAUAUUUCUCAUUAUGUCGGACAAAGGAGCACUACUACCAAGGAUGCCUAGCACGCUUCACUUUUUUGAGAAGACACCCCAACCACACAUCAACAAUGAUUCGCUGGCAAAAAGUUAAAUCAAAAAUAUUUCUCGCGAUUGUGGGGAAUGAUUUGCUUAAAU